CCGCAAGAAUUGUUGGUACUCAUCAGCCACGUCGGAUCAAUUGUUGUUGGGGAAGAGCAAGUGCAUAUAUAGGUCAUAUCAGGAAACUGUGCGAGUCAUUUUUUUGUAUUGUCAAUCCCGAGUUCGCGUACAGCAUAGAGCGGCUGAUAUAUUUGAAGCAUAUUAAAGCUAUAGUUCUACAACUCCAGUUAGCACUCUUAAAACAUGCCUAUCAUCGAAUUCGUCACCAAUGUCCCCGUCGAGCAGUUUCCCGAAGGAUUCGUGGCCCGAGCCGCUACCAAAGUAUCAGAAGUCCUGGGAAAACCACUGCCUGCCAUUUCGAUCUCGUUACGUCACGAGGCCAUGUUCCGAAUGGGCAGUGAUGCCCCCUGUCUAAUGAUCUUCGCCGCAAGCGUAGACAACUUUCUGGAUCAGGAGGACAACAGGAAGUACUCCAAGGAGCUCAUCGACUUCGCCGCCGCCGAGUUCAACGUCCAAAUCGAAAGAAUCAACCUAAUAAUGCAGACCCUAUCUCGGUGGCAGAUCGGUCUCCCUAAUGGUGUGCUUCUCGGCGAUAGGAUGAAACAGGCCAAAUGAAGCUCACAUUUUUGUUUUUGAAAACAAAAACACACAGGACCCCAACACACAGGACACAAGACCCCCAACGGAGCACGCACUCCGCCACUGCAAUUUACGAGCACAAUCCCCGGGGAUACUCAGAUUUGGAUUGGACGGGAUGUGCCGCCCCCCCCCAAAAAAAAAAGACAAAUUGCUCACAAUUUUCGGGUGUGUUUUGGGUGUUUGCAAACACCUGAAAAUGUUGCAAAUUGUGUAAAUUUUGAAAAAACGGACCCAUUUUUAAUGGUGUUUUUUUGUUUAAGUGCUGGGACCCAUGUUUAGGGAUUUUUCGCGAAAAGGCACACCCUCGUAUGUCCUAAUAUGUGAGUACCCCCGCCCCCCCCCCCCCCCCCCCCGGACACAACCACACGUUUUGCCGCACAAACACGGGCAAUUACUAAGACACAAUUUUAUCGCAUAUGCCUACACUUAACAAAAAUAACCCCAUAAUAUUUCAAUAGACCUACUGAUCUGUACAAAGAUAUAACACUGACACAUUUUAAUACUUCGAUCAGGAUUUUAAUUGGCAGUACAAAAGCAAGGGGUAAAGAAAUUGGCCUUGAUUUGAUUUCUUGAAAGUCUAUGCGACCGAGUUUAAUUUUUUUGUUAAUGUCAUGUUUCCCAAUUAUUGUCGUGAGAUUUUGUAGGCCUACUCCGUCGUAAUUACUGUACGUUUUUAAUUAUUUAAUUGCCAUGUCCAAUCAAUAUUAGUUAUGCAAAUAGUUUACAAAAUAUUGAAUGAUGCAAUAUACACUGACAAAAGAAGUAUAGUUAUGUAUAUAGCAUAUCGAAAGUAUCACAUCAAUUUUUUUUAUGUAGCUUUUGUUCGAUUUUUGUUCGAUUGUUGUCCUCGUCUUUUAUUGCUUAUUGCUUUUCUAUGUUUAAUGCCUGUUAUUUUAUUUUGCACAAAAUAACAUAAUUUUGUAAACGAGAUAAAUAUAAAUUUGUGCAAGUCUAGCGGAUUGGAUAGCCCAUUUCUUGUAAAUGCUGAUGUCUAUAAUAAUUUUUAAAUAGUUCAGAAAUCAUCUGUAACUAAAUUGUAUGUUGACUAAAACAUUUGGUUUUAUGCAGAUAAAAACAUG